AUGGUUAAUCAUGAGAGAAGUGAUGAUGAUACCAGCAGCAGCGACGAAGAACACAGCGAACAAGAGCUCAAAACGCCAGAGAUCAUAAUAUCUGACGACUCAGAUACAAAAACAGAAACAAAUUGUGCUUCCGAGGAGAGUAUCGAAUAUACUAAAAAUGAGGAGGAUGAGGAGACGAGUCACAAUGAUAUGGAGGUUGAUAAGGAGAAGACUGAUGAGGAGGAGGAGGAUGAUUUGUAUGUUCUGAAGGACGCUCUUGAGGCGGCGGUGACGACAUCGUUUCAAGGUUUAAGUCAAUAUCAAAAGAAUUUGAUGUUUCAAAACUUGAAGAACCUUGGAGCUGAGACAAGAAAAGAGCUAACUGAUGGAUGGAAGGAGUUGAAUGCUGAGGUGCUUCGCUUGAACGCCAAGAAACAAACUUUCUUUGCAAAGUUUGCAAACGCUGGAGUUUGA